GUUUAACAUAGCGGGACCGCGGGCAACCUCCAAACUGCGACGUCGACGAGAACGUAAGCUCUACGAAAAGCUCCAACCUCUCGAACGAGUAAUCGCAAGUCGCCAAUCGGGCCUCAUCGCCACCGUCCGCGUAUCAAGCAGCCAUGGCGACCAAGCUAACUCCCUUCCUCAUGCGGACGGCCGUCCGGGCGGCGACCCGGCUGUCCUCCAAGCCUUCGACAGUUGCGCCCGUCUCCCGCGCAUGCCUCUCCAUUUCGGCGCGGAGGCCCAGCGACACCCUCAUGGUGCACCGCAACACCCCCGACAACAACCCCGACAUCCCCUUCAAGUUCUCGGCAGACAAUGAAAAGGUCAUCGAGGAGAUUAUCAAGCGCUACCCGCCGCAGUACAAGAAGGCGGCCGUCAUGCCCCUGCUCGAUCUUGGCCAGCGCCAGCACGGUUUCUGCAGCAUCAGCGUCAUGAAUGAGGUGGCCCGUCUGCUUGAGAUGCCGCCCAUGCGCGUCUACGAGGUCGCCUCUUUUUACACCAUGUACAACCGCACCCCGGUUGGCAAGUUCCACGUUCAGGCUUGCACUACCACUCCCUGCCAACUAGGCGGCUGCGGCUCCGACGUGAUCGUCAAGGCUAUCAAGGAGCAUCUUGGCAUCAAGCAAGGCGAGACCACUCCUGACGGCCUUUUCACUUUUAUCGAGGUUGAGUGCCUGGGCGCGUGUGCCAAUGCGCCCAUGGUCCAGAUCAACGAUGACUACUUCGAAGAUUUGACCCCGGAAACCAUCAAGCAGGUGUUGUCGGCGCUCAAGGAGAGCGUCACGGAUGUGUCCAAGGCGCCUCAGCCGGGCCCACAGAGCGGGAGACAGACGUGUGAGAACGCCGCCGGCCUAACAAGUUUGACGAGCGAGCCAUACGGACCGGAGGUCACGCGAUCGGAUCUUUAAAUCCAGGGGCUUAAUACUGGGUUAAGUGAGCCGUUAUGGGGCAGAGGUGGAAUUACGAUUGACAGAAACUGUCACAUAGACAGGACAUGGACCAACAGGACAGUGAUGACAGCAAAUGCAUUAGACCAGAGAUGUAUUAAUUUCCCUCAGGUUAUACAGUACAAUAUCUGUAUUUGUUUGCUAUGG